AACUGGAAUUGUCAGUCAAAACAUUCCAUAAGAACAACACACCCUCAGUUUCACUUCCCGUUUCUGACGAAUCAAUUCAAGUGUAAUUAGUGCCACAAAUUUAUUUGCGUUUUUGUUCGGAAAAAUAGUUUCCUACGCCCCCUACGCCCGAGAAAACAUGCUCUACUGAGAAAAGGUCGAAUUCCGGGAAAAUGGCACGCCACCAACACCAGCACCGCAGAACCGUGAGUGACGUGUUCAACAUCGAGGUGGCUGGGUCCGAGUCGCAACUAUGCGGAGGUGGCGGAGCCCUAGAUCAGCCAAUGUUCACCGAGGCCAACAAGUGUUCGCCGUCUUCCUCGUCCAGCGACUUCCAGUGUACGAGUGAUAGCAACUUUCUGCUCAGGGAAGACGCGGCCUAUCGCCGCCGAAGGGAACUGUACUAUGCCGUCGAUGAUGACGGUGGUGGUAAACAAAAUCAGAGCAUUGAAAACGAUGACGACGGCGAUGGCGAGGAGGACGCGGAUGACGACGAGAUACGGGAACUAGAGGAAGACGGGGAGGAAGCGAGUCAGUUUGAGACAAGUGGUGCGACAAGCGAUUACAGCAAGACGGCGAGCCGAGUGGCAGUCGACAGCUUCCGACGAUGGUCCGCGAACUUUGGCAAGAGCAUUAAGAACAACAAACGCAGCAUGUACAACAAGACGAUCCGGUUCAUGCCGUCGCGGUUGCAAAAAACCCUCUCCAUCGAUGGCGAUCUCAUCACAUCCACGGCGUCGGACGUGGAGCAAAUCACCCAGGAGCUGGAGCAACGCGAACAGCUCAUGGAGGACAACCCCCUGUCGGAGCAGCUCCGCAUCGAAGCCAUCAAAUCGAUGGCCCAGACCCUGUCGAUCAAGCGUCAGAUUCGUGCCAAUCUGACCCGGACGGUUACGCGUCGUUCGGUGAGCCGCUCGAAACCGAUCAGUCUGCUACGGAAGUGCCGCUACAGUGGCAAAAUGUACGCCAGCCAGUUUGCCAAACUGGUAAAAACCUCACUAACGAACUUCGAGCUGUUCUACGGCAGUAUGAAGGAGGUGGAGGGUCACUUCGGGAACAGGAUAAGCGCCUACUUCAAGUUCCUCCGGUGGCUGCUGGUUCUGAAUUUGGUCGUGGUGAUUUUCGUAUUUUGGUUCGUGGGCUUCCCGCAGAUCUUGUACUCCGGAAUGGAGCGAAGACUUGGACAUGCUAACGCCGAGAAAAAUUCGACGAUUAAGGCUAUGCGGAACUCGCGAGGAGAUCUCAGUUUUACGGAUUUGUUCACUGGAGAGGGAUACUUCACCGAAUCGAUCCUAUUCUACGGCUUCUACAGCAACGUAUCGUUCACGUUGCUUCCGGGAACCUCGGAGUACAGUCUACCGCAUGCGUAUUUCCUCACCGUGAUCAUAAUGUACCUGUCCACGUUUGUAAUCGUGUCGCUCAGUAUGGCUCGAUCUUAUCGGAUCAGUUUUAUCGAAACCAGUGGAGCUGUCCACAACGUCCUAACGCACAAGAUAUUCUGUUCGUGGGAUUUUGGGAUAGCGAACGAGAAGGCAGCGCACUUGAAGCAUGCCAGCAUCUACCAGGAACUUCGGGAGUACCUCUCGGUGAUCAACCGACCGGAUGGACCCGUUGGAAGGUGGAGCCGAUUACGCAGUACCGCACUCCAUUGCACAGCGCAUUUGGUCGUGUUGGCCAUGAUCGGUUCGAUCGCUUUUGGAACCUGGAUGCUGCUGCAACAAUUUGGACAGACGGAGCACUUCACAACCUGGUCGGCGCUGUAUGUUUCGAUUACGACGAAUGUUACAAUGCUAUUCUUCCAGUAUGUCUUCCGAUUCAUCUCAAGAUUGGAAGAAUAUCGACGGCCAUCGACCGCCCUGAACAUCAACCUGAUGCGCAACUUUCUCCUCCAACUCUGUAUCGUCGGAGUCCUUAUGUUCUACUGGCUGAACAAAACCUACGACCAUUGUUGGGAAACUUCUGUGGGCCAAGAAAUCUACCGCCUGAUUGUAAUCGACUUCGUAGUCUCCGUCAUAUUCCUUGCCUGCCUUCAGGCAUCUCGCUACGCGAUGAAUCGUUACUACAACCGCUCUAUCUCCUUACCCGAGUUCUGCAUCACCAACAACAGUCUCGGUCUGGUCUACAAUCAAACUCUGCUUUGGUUUGGUCUUCUCUUUUCCCCUAUGCUCUGCAUCGUUGUGGCCGCAAAGCUUUUCCUCACAUUCUACAUCAAGAAACUUAGUCUGAUCUACUUCUGCAAACCCCAGAGCAAACUAUGGCGAUCUAGUCAAACUCAAACCCUAUUCCUGGUCUUGGUUUUCGUAUCCCUUUUUGGGGUAAUCAUCACCCACGGUUACAUCAUCACCCAGAUUCCCGUCAGCGAGGAAUGUGGACCUUUCCGCGGAAACACAUAUAUGUACCAGCUGUUCAUGGAGGGAAUUCUCAAACUGCAAGAAGAACAUAUCUUCUGGAAGAUAUUUUCCUACGUCACCAAACCCGCCAUCAUCGGUGGGCUAUUGCUGACCAUGGGAGUCGUUACGUACUACCUUCGGGCAAAAUCCAAGGCCCAAAUUGCGAAGGUCAAACUACUCAAGGAGAUGCUCUGCAUGGAAGCCAAGGACAAGGAAUUCCUGCUGGCCAACAUCAGCAAAAUUACGCGCGGCAAGGAGUGGAACUUCGAUCGGGACCUGUUGAAUGGAAGGAAGAGCAGCACGGCCGAUAAAUACUACAGUGAUCCGAGCGCUACGUGGCGAUACGCCGACAGCCCUCGGAAAAUCAGUGGAAACUCCGUACUAAGGGAUGACGAGGAGAGCCCGACGGGAUCCGGGUAUCAUCGAAUUGACGAGUGUAACGAGGAACGAGUUCGGAUGAGACGCUUCUGAAGCGUAUACUUAGAACCUGAAUUUAUUAGCAAUCUGCGAUCUUUUAUCAACUUAUAUACCCAUGAGCAUCUGAGUUUGUCUCAGUAUUAUACGAAAUAUUUAUUCAUAUUGAUUACCCGCCUUGAGUUGUGAUGUAUUGACAAUAAAUUGUAAUGUUUUCCAAUUGGAA